AUGACUCGAACGAUCAAAUUGGCAGAUGGUAAAUCGAUUCCAGCCCUUCAAUGGGGUAAUGGAUCAGGUGGACUCAAUGGUAAACAUGAUCCAGCCUUGGAGUAUGGUAUCACAGCUUUGAAAGCUGGUGUAAAAGCUAUCGAUACUGCUGAGCUGUACAAGACCGAAGUAGCCACGGGACAAGCGAUCGAGCAAGUUGGAGCUAAGAAGGCGGAUAUCUGGGUGACUACCAAGACUCAUCUCGAUCACUGCUCAGCUGUGCCGGCUACCCCUGAGGCAAUAAAAGCCAAUGUUCAAGAUCGACUCUCCAAAUUAGGAUUCAAGCCUGAUUUACUCCUCAUCCACAACCCCUUCGUCGUCGAGGAACUCGAGAUUGCUCAAUUCUGGACUGCGCUCGAGGAUCUCGUCUUGGACGGUACUCUCGAAGGCGUAAGUUUGGGUGUCAGUAAUUUCAGACCUCAAGACCUUGAGGCGGUAUUGGGCGUAGCGAGAAUCAAGCCUGUUGUCAACCAACUCGAAUACCACCCAUACGUUCUCACUCAUCUCCAGCCAGUACUCGAUAUCCAAGCUAAACACGGUAUCGUCACUGAGGCUUACGGUCCCUUAACUCCAAUCUUGAGACAUCCUACUGGCGGACCCAUCAAGCCAAUCUUGGAGAGAAUCGCCGAGAAGUUAUCCAAAGAAACAGGGAAGAAAGUCGAUACUGCCGCUGUAUUGUUAUUGUGGACUAUCGGUAAAGGUGUAGUGGCAGUUACCACCUCGACCAAAGAGAACAAUAUCAAAAAGAUUGUUCAAGUCGAUAACGAAUUGCCCGAUUUAACUAAAGAAGAGAUCGACGAGAUUGAAUCUGCAGGCAGAAAAAUUCAUUUCAGAUAUUACGCUGAACAUAUGACAGAGGAUUUCCCUGCUCCUAACCUUCCUGAGGAUCUUUAG